AUGGAUAAAAAUAACGUCUUAGAAAAAAUAGAAAAAAGCGGAUAUAAUUCAGAAAUUUUUCUAAAUCAGUAUUUUGAUAUUUACGUAAGUGACAAUAAUGAGCCUCUUCAUUUAGAACAUGCUAUUGUAAAAGAGAAAAUUCAAAAUUUAAAAAAUUAUAUUAAUGAUGAAAAAGUUAAAUUAAAUAAUAAAAUCAAUGAAGAAACAAUAAAUUUUAAAGAAAAAAACCUUUAUGUUAAAAAAUGUAUUGAUAAUAUAAUAAUUUCAAAUAUAGCUAUUCAUACUAAUGUAAAUCAGAUUAAUCAUAAAGCCAUAAAUGAAAAGGAUGUAUCGAGUGAUGACUGUUUUGAGAGGAAAUCACCCCAAAAAACAACCAAUCUUUAUACCAACUUAACAGAUGCAGAAUAUGAUGCAGCCAAUUCUGAACAAGAAGGGAAUUAUGCACAGAGCAAACAGUUUUACAGUGAUGAAGCAGAAUGUAAGGUGUCAGUAAAAAGGAAAGAGAACAGGGAUGAAACUGAUGACGAAGUAGAAAAUGACGAGGGAAACAUUUUUGCUAUCGAGACAAAUGAAAACAUUUCAGAGUGGCUAAAAAAAAGUAUUGAACUUAAGGGAACUUUAGAUAAAAUUAAAAAGUGUUUACUAUUUUUGAAAUGCUAUCCAACCAUAGAAAAGAAUAUAAAAGAAUUAUUAUUAUUAGGAGGGAACUCAAAUUUAGACACAGAUGAAAAAAUAAAAAAUGUGUUAAAGAUUUAUGAAAAUUUAAUAUAUAUAAAUGAACAUGAAGAAAUUAUAAAAGAUUUAAAAAAUAAUUAUUCAUUUGAAAAAUUUUAUUCUAUAUAUUCAAAUAAAUUUUUUGAUGAUUUUUAUCUUUUAUUAAAUGAUAUUAUAUUUGCAUAUAUGAUUAAUAAUGUUAAUAUAAAUAUUUAUGAAAUUGUAAAUAUAUAUAUUUAUCUCUUAGAUAUAUAUUUUAAUUAUAUGGAUAUAAAAGAAUAUGAUUAUGAGUAUCAGAUAAAUCAAAUUAAUAAAAAGUUAAUUCUAUAUCUUACUGAAAAUUAUUUUUCAAAAACAUUUUUAAAAUUCGUCCAAUCAGAACAAAAUUUAUUAAUAUAUAAUAUUAUGAUUAUUUAUUAUGAAUACUUUACUUCCUUUAUAGAAGAGAAAAAAGAAUCCAUGAUAAAUAUUCUGCACAUCUUUAUGGAUAAGUUGGAAGAAGUUUCAAAUAAAAAAAAAAGUGUUAUAGACAAAGUCAUCUCAAAAAUAGAGAAACAAAUGACAGACUCACAAUGUAGUAAAACUGAUAGUCAUUUCAUGCUAUCACUACAGAAAGACAACCAUUCACAAAUGGGUGACCCACGACAAGCAUACAUCGAUAAAUACUUUGUCAACCUUUUUAAGGAAAGCGUAAAUGUUGUAUGUACUUAUAUAGAAAAUUCAAAAAUGUUGAAAAAUUUUGAUAAUGAUACAAAAAAAAAUAUGGUAUUUAAAAUUAUAGACUCAUUAAAUACGAGUAUAAAUAUAUUAACAAAUAUGCCAUUAUUUAUAAAUAAAAAAUAUAUAUUACAAAAAAUAUUAAAAGAAAGUAUUUUUAUUAAUAAAGAUAUUAUAAAUGAAUAUAUAAUUAAUGUUACAAAUAUUUCUAAAUUUUAUAAUGACAGUUUUGAAAAUAUAAAUUUAAAGGUUCAUACUUUUGAUAGACAUAAUUUAUUAUUACAAAAUAAACUUUUAAUAUUUUUUACAGAUUUACAAAAUGAUAUAAAAAAUAUUAUAGAUAAUAAAAAAGAUGAAAUUAAUAAUAAUACUAUAUUUCAUUCACAAUUUUUUCGUUUUCUUAUUUUUUUCUCAUAUAUUCAUUAUAUAGAUACAGAAUUUCUUUUACUUUUUAUAAAUAUAUAUAACUUUUUAUAUGAAAUAAUUUAUAAUAUUAAAGAAGAAAUAAAAAGUAAGGAAACACAAAACAGACAAAGAGGCAAACACACAAAUGAACAUAACAUAUUUGGUAGAGACAAUCAAAGUUAUAACAUAGAUCAUGCUAAAAAUAAUAAUAAUAAUAUAAAUAAUGAAAUCGAAAAAGAAAAUAGUCAAAUAAUUAUUGAUGAAUCAUUACAAACACAAGAAUAUCUUAAUACUUCAAAUAUGGUCAUUGAUUAUAUAAAAAAUAUUAUUUCUAUUUUUUUUAAUUUGCUAAAUAUAUUUGAUAUAAUUUUUAGAGAUUACAUUAAAUUGUCUUCUUACAUUUUUGAAAGAACAUAUUAUUAUUUUAAUAAUAAUAGUUAUACAAAUAUUUUAUGUAAGUUUUACAUAUCUAGAGAAAAAACAUAUCCUCCAGAAAUAUAUGCCAAUGUAGCCCAUUUACAUAAUUUUUUUUUUCACGGAGACUUUUCAAAAAAAAACAAAAACAACACCAAUAAUUCUCAUAACAUUGUUGAAGAAACUAUAAGCAUAAAUGAUGAAGACGAACUAGCUAAAGAAAGUAAUGUAUCUAUACAAAACGAAUACCCAUCUUCAAGCAAUAUUGAUGAGGCAGACAAACUAUCUGAAUCAGUAACCGAGAAAGGGGAAAAAAAUACCAAUAAAAAAAUAAGGAAAAAAAAUGAUGAACCAAAUUAUAAUUCUUCUACAAUUUUUGACGAUAGUGAAUUAGAAGAAUAUGGAAAAUAUUUAUUAAAAUCAUCUAUAUCUAAAUUAAAAGAAAUAAAAAAUACGAUUGAAAAAAAUGUAAUUCAAUUCUCUUUAAUUCCUUUAUAUGCACAUUUAAAUAAAUAUAUAGAAAAAAUCCGUUACAUAAAACAGGAUGCAAAUAUAAAGUUUUAUGACCCUCAUGAAAAUAUAUGUUUAUUAGUAGAAACUAUUUUUGCUUUUAUCGAAAUAUAUUAUGAAAACAAAAAUACUAAUUUAUUACAAGAAUUAUUUUUACAUUUAUCAGAGAAAUAUUUUUCACUUAUAAAUACAAUUCAAAUUGUAAAUAAAAAUAUUAUUUUACAAAUACAAGCGGAUGUUAAUUAUUUAAUUAAUGUCUGUACAAAGUUUAAAAUCCAAAAUUACAAGUUUCUUUUUUUACUCAACCAGUUUCUUUCCUUUUAUUUUGUCAUAACUGCUAAUAAUGAAAUUGGCACCAUCGAUGUUCAUACCUCUUUUCAAUCAUAUGCAAAUGAAAAUAUAGAAAAGGAAACAAACAUUAGUUUUGACAUAACUUCUGAUGAUAUUUCAAGAACUGCAACGAAUAUGAUGCAUAUUUUUAAAGACCAAUGA